UCCGCGCUUUGUACACGGACGAACCUGAGGAUAUAAUAUACUUUUCGUCCUCGUAGACAGUGACUCCUAGUGCGCGAAGUUAUCCCGCGUGUGUAAUAUUAUUGUAAUCUCCUGGUGCGCUGAGUGAUGUUACUUUAUAAGGGCAGAUGAUAAUAAUUAUAUAGUUGGCGAUCUUCCUUCAUCUCGGAAUGUAAUUGUAUCUCUCUCUCAGCCUACGACAAUCACGAGAUUCACGAGUGUCAGACUGACAGUGUAUUAUACUCUCAGUAGUCUUAGUCUAGUAUUACGGACACUCAUAACUUCACUAUACCUACUAGUAAUACACGAGACACAUCUGCAAGCGUAAAUUAAUAAUCUAUACCUACUUACAGACGAAGUGUGUCCGGAGACUCCGGGAGCUAUAGGGUGUAUCUAUAUGGUUGCUCUCGGGGGGGAUAAGAAAAGAAAGACGAAGAAAGAGCAUCAAGUUCGAUAACCCGCUCUCUCGCGCGUGAGCGGCUCUCUUUUUCUCUUUCUACUGUAAUACUGGUUUUAGUAAUUUAGUGUUUCGCCAUCGUCAGCGUGCAAGGCAAGCCAGCCUGCAAGCGCUACACAUGCACGCUCUCUCUCAUCUCAACUUACUGAUCUCUGUGCUCCGUUGCUCUGGCUGAUGAUGGCUGCUACUGCCAGUGCUGCUCCGAUGAUGCGUGUUUUUUAAUUAUCUGGCUCAUCUCUUCUUCUUUUUAUGUUUUGCUCUCUAAUUUUCGCCAUUCCAAUGCGAAAAAUUGCGCGGCUGGGAAUUACCCCGCAAUAAAAAGUAAAUUAAACACAACAACUAUAUCAUAUAACGAAUUAAGACGAUGAACGCCCGCGUGUGCAUGCUGUGUAUGUGUUGUUAAUGUGUAAUGCAAGAAAAGUGCGCAGGAAGCAACAGUGAAUAUAUUUAAUAAUACCAACGAGAAUAAUGACAAUUAUUGCCAUUGAUAUGGCUUGGCAUGUAAAUUUGUUCGGGAUUUAGCUUGGAACAACUGUAUUGAAGUUAUUACAUUGACUAUAGAAAAAAGGAGCGCUCCGAGCUGUUCCAAGCUAAAUCCCGAACAAAUCUAUAAUAAAACAACACCAAUAUAUGGUGUGUGAUAGGGCGUAUAAAUAUAUAUACAUCACACAUGCGCGCGGUGUGUUACGGGGUUCGGCUGCUGCUGUCUGCUGUUGAUUGCUGUCUGCAGUGGCUGUCAAUUACAAUUUUUUAGCGAAGCCUUAUUGCACAGCUCAAAUACAACGGCGAAAGUUAAACGAACGAAGGGGUUACGUAGUUACGUUGAGAGUAUAUAUAUAUAAAGUGUCCAAGUGUGUAUAUGGGUGUACAUACAUAAAUACGUAGUAUACGUAUACGUACACAUAAUAUACAUAUACAUACACAACAUAUUUAUACUCCGAUGCAUAGACAUCAGACACACGUAUAAACGUCAUGGCAUCAGCUAAAUCGACGGCGUCCUUUGGCACCCCGUGCUCCGCGUCACCGCACAACAAAAAUAAUGGCCAUCAGCAGCAUAAGCACGCUUCAAAGUCAACGUCGUCCUCGUCGUCGCAGUUCCCGGUUAGCAAGCUCAUCCGGGUCGGGUACUAUGACCUCGAGAUGACGAUCGGCAAGGGCAACUUCGCCGUCGUCAAAAUGGCCACCCACAUCGUAACGAAUUCCAAGGUGGCCAUAAAAAUUAUCGACAAAACGAAAUUAGAUGAAGACAAUUUGGCAAAAAUAUUUAGGGAAGUGAGCAUAAUGAAGAGACUGAGGCAUCCGCAUAUAAUUAGACUGUAUCAGGUGAUGGAGACGGAAAAAAUGAUAUACUUGGUAACGGAGUUGGCAUCGGGUGGUGAAAUAUUCGAUUAUUUGGUGAAAAACGGAAAAAUGUCGGAACCAGAGGCGAGAAGAGUUUUUCAUCAAAUAAUACAAGCAGUAGCCUAUCUGCACAAAAAAGGAAUUGUUCAUCGAGAUCUUAAGUCUGAGAACGUAUUAUUGGAUGCAGACAAUAACGUGAAACUAGUUGACUUUGGCUUUAGCAACGAGUACACGCCAGGAGUACUUUUGACCACUUGGUGUGGCUCACCACCCUACGCCGCGCCAGAAAUUUUCCAAGGUAGACAAUACGACGGUCCAAAAGUAGAUAUCUGGAGUUUAGGAGUAGUGCUGUACGUAUUAGUUUGUGGAGCUUUACCAUUUAAUGGGCCAACCAUGCAUUUAUUGACGUCAGCGGUGUUUUCGGGAAAAUUCAGAGUGCCCUUCUUCAUGUCUCAAGACUGUGAGCACCUGUUGAAGCACAUGCUGGUGCCAGAUCCAGAGCGGCGUUACAGCAUACCGCAGAUCCUGGCGCACAGGUGGAUGGGCGGCGAUGGGAGCGGCCAACCGGUCGAGAGUGUCAUCGACAUGCCCGACACGACAGCGUCAACUUUGCCGUUGAACCAAUUGGUCAUCGAAAGCAUGCUCACACUGCCCGGUCUCGAUCUGGACACGUUGCUCCAGUCGGUCCAGGGCAACGCCUUCAACCACAUCUCGGCGAUAUACAACCUACUCGUCGACCAGCUGGAGAACGCGGUGACGAGCGUACCCAGUAUACAGAGUUUUUCGGCUGGUUACGUGUCCGACGACGAUGCACAUCAGUUGGAAAAGUUUGGAGAAACAGAAGGUGGGGAAACAGAGGAACGAAGUGGACUUCAGCUGCCAAGCAAUCAACCAUACCACGCAACGCGCCGUCAUACCGUAGGUCCAGGUGACACGGCACAUCAGCCUCAGGGCGUUCCGUAUACCAGGUAUUACGGCUAUUCGCCAGGAUAUGCGCCUCAUUUACUCCAACCAUUGAAUGCAGAGUUACCCUUGCUACCGCAUACGAAUUUAGCUCUCAAUCUGCCUCUCGUCCAGAACCAACCACCACAAAAUUUCCAGAUCAAAGAUCAGUAUUUGUUAAAACCACCAUCUGCCAUGGGAGCAACAAGCAGUUUUGGCAGAAGAGCCUCUGAUGGUGGAGCGAAUUUGUACGUGUUCAAUCAGCAAUUACACGGUAGCAGUAACGGGGAUGAUGGAAGCUGGAGUCAGCCAGGCAGCAGAGAACACUUACAGCCUCUUGGCAGUCCAGCUCUUUCACCUGGUAGCACAAAUAGUGGUGACAACAGUGCAUGCAGCUCCUCAAGCAGUGGUAGUGAUAGGCGGCAAAGGCGUACAGGUCUCACUACCGUCAUGCAACGUCCAGUUUUGAACCCCGAGGUGGUCGUGGAGGUGGAAAGCAGGAUGAACCGAUCUUACCUGCCGUCGAGGUUGCUGCCGGGCCACAUGAAGGGCACUGGGGGCUCGGCCCUGCCCAUACAUCGGAAAACCUCCUAUUACAAUCUUUCCAGUACCGGUUCGCGCGAAUCGUACAAGGAGCCGAGCGCCCACGCGACGACCACCGAGCGCUACUCACCGGUGCGUCGAGCCUCGGAAGGCUCGGGUCCUCAAGGUCCAGGUAUUCAGGCGCUACAGCAAGAGUACCAACAACUACAACAGAGACUCGCCUCGCCUUCCCACAGCCCCGCAAGCAUACCCAGUUCACCCGUUCACGAACGAGGCAUCGCUGUUAUUACUCAAGGUCUGAGUGGAUUAACGACAGCUCCGGUCCAAGGUAGCAUAGUCCACGGCACGCCGACGCAACAGCCCGCCACACCUCUGGACUUGAGUCCGAUGAGGCACCACCGGUCACCAGCCACCACACCUGUCAACAGCUACUCGCCAAGUAACAGUCCAGCACUGGACAUGAUCCAGGAGGAGCAUCACAUUGACGUGCCAAGGAUCCCCUUUGUGUUCGGCCAGGUGCCGGCGCCACCGCCGUUGAUAUCGGUGACGGAUACUCAAGGCGGCCAGGUGACGCUUGUAGGCCAGAGCCCAUCACCGUCGACAUCGCUGGACUCGCUGGAGGGUAUGUCGGAUUACAGCCCUCUGCCGACCUUCGUGAUCUCGCAAUCGUGCGACCCACAGAGACCGAGCAUAACUCGGGGUAUCGGCCGGCCGGGCUACGGUAGUAGUGGUGCCAGCACUCCCGUGCCCACGGAAGUCGAGGUCCCGCUGUCGGAAGAAUCAAGCCAGCUCAACUCCGAGGAUAUACUUGGCCGCGUGAAACAGAUAAUCGACGCUCACGCGCCACCCACGGGUUUCCUGUUCUCGCCCAACCAGGAACUGGACGGUAGCGGCGGAUUAAGUUUGGAGUAUCCUGGUGGCGUGCAGAUCGAGCUGAGGGUUUGCGAAAACGAGGAGAAGGAGGCCAAAGGCAUCAAAAUGAGGCGGAUCAGUGGGGACCAAUUGCAGUACAGUCAGCUGUGUCAGCAGCUGAUCUCAUGCAUCACCGUUUGACGGCAGCCGACGGCGUCGUUGACCAAUCUUCGUUCACUCCUCAGCGUCAUCGUUCACGUAGUUAUCCGAGCUUUUAUUAAGAACUGGAGCGCAUUCGCCGUUGGGAGCUGCUUUUGGAUUGAUAGGUGGCUCGUUUGCGUGUGGUUGGAGAAUUGUUGAUGGUAAGACAAGGAAAAAGACUGCUUAUGUCGGCUUCUUUAUUAUUUAAUCGUUGACCGAUGCGAUACUGAUAAUUCGCGUAUUAUCAAUAUCCUUUGUUGUUCUUGUUAUUACUGUUAUUGUUGUUGUUUAUUAAGAAGAUAUAAGUAAGGAACAUUGACGCUGAAGUGUUAUUUCGUUAUGCUUUUUCGUGUACAGUCAAUGCACACGUGGAAUUGCACCGGAUAACAUUAUUAUAAUCUAAAUCUUGAGAAUUUGUCACUCAAGGCUCUCUUUCUCGAAUAGAUAGUUUUAAAUAGCACAUCUCAAAGUUUUUACAUUGCAGUUUAUUAUAGCUCCUAUUUCAAUAGUUACUGUAGAUAAUACAUACAUAAGAUAAACUGUCACUGAGAGAGUGUGUUUGUAGUCAUUUGUUGAAUUUUCAAUCAUUAGAUCUCAUAAUUCUGAAUUCGUUCUAUAUUAGAAAACUUCAUUAGUUGUAUUUUAAUUGUAUUUAAUCCAAUUUUGGAAUACCUAUCAAAAAGUGAUAAUGUUAUUGCUUUUAUUGGAAAUUUUGUAGCUGAAAUAUUUUCUCUUAUCUUCGUGACUUUCCUUUUUAUGUAGAAAAAAAAUAUACGUCAACCUGUCGUACGUAUUUUUUAUAAUUAAUUCAAAUAUCACAUUCCUAGAAAAAGAAACCGUGACGUCGUAAACAAAUAAGGAGUUGUCGCCUUGUACAGCUAUUAUUUUAAUACAAUAUUGCUAUAUUUGCAAUAUUUGCACACUGAAUUUUCGAAAGUACUUGUGUUAAAAUGAGGUAUAUAGGCUAUCAUGUAUAGUAUCUUUGUUUGAUUUUUUUAAAUUUUAUUGUGCGACAAAAAUUUUAUCAUCAUUGAGCCAAUUUUUUAACGAA